AACCGCAGGUCCCCUGACCACACUGUGAAACAAUUAGGUCUUACAGACUGUCCCACUGAUCCCCGUGUUUUCCCAAAGCGAGCCCUGUCCUCACCUGCAGCCGAGGAGGGCGCGUCUUCAGAGGGGGACUAUACCCAGCGGCGGAGGGAGGGAGGGCGGAGCCUGGAGGGACUGAAGACGCACAGCCUAUCAUAAAGUUUGUCACUCCUGAGAACGCUGCUUACCUGUGCGCCAAAACGCCAAUGUUGCCUCACCUGGACCGUCUGCGAUGGAGAAAAUCAGAUGAAAUAUGAUGAGGAUAUUAUCUUUCUGUGCACUUUUUUCGACGAAGGGAAGAAGUAGCAGAGCUGAACUGAGACUAAGUUUCUCCAACCAAGGUGUAUUUAUUCCAAACAGAAAAUAACAACAGCAGCAGCUCCACAGGUUUUUUCAAUGCAUCGCCAUCCCAUCAUGUGGUAAUCCUCUCAGCUUUAACCAGAAGAUCGUGAACAACACUUUCAGCGGCUGACCUCAUCAACAGUCUUGCACCUGCACCAGCUGCUCACAUGGCCCACCCUUACGAGCCUUGGUUACGGACAGCACCACCUAGUGGCAGCUCAGAAGACAUGAACAUGCCAUCCUGGUGGGACCUCCACAGGGAUGUCCAGCCAGGGAGCUGGAUAGACCUGCAGACGGGGCAGGGUGUAGGCUUGCCUUCAGUGAGUCCAGGGAGCUCAAUGGGGUUACAGUCCUCUUUAGGCCCCUACGGCUCUGACCCGCAGCUGUGCACCCUGCCUCCAGCUCAGCACGCUCCCACCUCGCACUCAUCCCACCUCUUCCCCCAGGAUGGCUUCAAGAUGGAGCCACUGGCCCCUGAAAUGCUGCAGCAAGAGCCGUUCUCCAUGGAGGAACCACAGGAGAACGUUGUCUCAGCCCGCCCCAAGCCCCAGCGCCGCUCCUCUUCCAGAGGUGCCGGCCAGGCUGUGUGUCGCUGCCCUAACUGCGUCCAUGCCGAGCAGUUGGGCCAAAGCACUGACGACAGCAGGAGGAAGCACAUGCACAACUGCCACAUCCCCGGCUGUGGCAAAGCCUACGCCAAGACCUCCCAUCUGAAGGCUCACCUGCGAUGGCACAGCGGGGACCGGCCAUUUGUCUGCAACUGGCUCUUCUGUGGCAAGAGAUUCACACGCUCUGAUGAACUGCAGCGCCACCUACAGACCCACACUGGCGCUAAGAAGUUCAGCUGUGCAUUAUGUCCUAGAGUGUUUAUGCGCAAUGACCACCUGGCCAAGCACAUGCGCACACAUGAGUCCCCACCAGGACAUGGGGAGGAGAGGGUGAAUGGAGAUGGGAGGAUGGAUAAGGGCUUUGAUGCACCCACACCUCCUCAGUCAUCCUCACAUGUGUCUGCGUCUGACACCACAGAGCCCCCACUGAAGCUGAAAUGUGAGACAGACCCCUCAGUCUCCAGCGUGACAGGGCAGUCCGGCUAAUUUCAUCACUUUCAGUGAAUUUUUGCAGUUAAAGGUUUACCUUGCUCCCCUCUUUGUCAUAGAGGUGUCAUAGUUUUACGAUAGAAUAGAGAAUAGAAAAAGGUUUGGACAAACUUUUACUGAUGAAAGUCAGAUGGAACAGAAAGUGUUCGUCUGUGGUCCUGUGAAUUAACAAGUAGGGCUAGCUCAGUGAUAAUCUAAAUGCACACAGAAAAAACAACAGGAAUUUUACCGUGGAUAGAGCUUUCCUCUGUUUACUAAAAGUGAAAGGUGGCUAAGGAGGCAACCAAGCUGAAGCUGCAGCUUGUUGCUGGAUUGCUGCUAGAGCCACUACUACUAGUAGAGCAAGAGACUGGCAUGAGAUCAACUGAAGGUGGCUUGUUAACUUGUUUACAAUUAAAUGAAUCAAGUGUGUUACUGGAAGAGUUGGAGAAAUGUUUGUCUCCAACACAGUUUAAUUUACCAGUUUCGAAGGCAGCGUGCUUUUGAACGGAGAAAGGAAACAGUGAUAUUUUGUUUUUGUCUCACACUGGCACCAUAUGUGUGUAGUCUACAGUGCAAGUUGUGAUAAGACACUGGAAUAUAACACAGCAUUUUCUUGUUUUAUUAACGUCAGUAUCCAUAUGGAUAGUUGACGGUUCCUACCACAAAAAUGUGUGUGUGUGUAUGUUGGUAUGUAAGUAAAAUGAAAGUACAACAGACAAUCAUGCUUUCUCAUAAUGCUGACACAAUAAUAUAAUAUGAUAUAAUAUAAUAUAAAAUAAUAUGAUAUAAUAUUUUUUAAAUGGGAGUUUCAUGAACUACAAAGACUACUAUUUACAAAAAUAGUGUGUUUCUGUCACCACCAUAGUUUUGGUGGCAAAACACUUAAUUAAUGAGAAUGAUCAUACAGUAGGAGAAUGUGAACACUGGUUCAGGUUACCAAAUGGAAAGCAACAAUGCAAACAACCAUUAAGUGUGACAAUGAUGUGAAAAACAUAAACUCACAACUAACUGAACAUAAAAAAUGAGUGGCUGAGGACAGUGACGCCGUCGACUCUGGCAGGUAAGAACAAGAAGAUAAAGCUCAGCGUCAUGAUCACCAAGGCUGGACAUCGUCCAAUGAAACUUGGUCUCUGUUGCAAAAUGCAAUAAACAAUAAACACGACUCCACAGAUCCACCAUGUGAACACUACAGGCUGCUGUGUUUAACGAAACUUCCAGAAAGGUAGUUUACUCCAGUGGACUCAAGAUUUAACGCUGCACUAAUUAAUGUUUUCAUAUUAACAAAGGAUCAAAUUACUCGGUUGUAGUGAUGAACUUACAGAGAAUUAUCACUCAAUGAAGACCAAAGCGAGCUAAAAGGAGAGAGAGUAUUGGCCAAACACAACUCCAGACGAAUGCCAACUUUUUGUUUUGUUUGCUGGAUGUGUAAUUAGGUGACAGUUUGUUAACCAGCUCACUAUAAUGUCUUUUUAAAGUGCUAAUAUGUCACUAUCAGCUUGUUCCGCUGCCCCCAAGUGGCAAAAAGAAUUCAUUGAUACAGCUUUUCCUACUGUAAAAGAAAAUCUUGAAUUUGCAUGUCGGAUCAAGCUGUAGUCCCAAUCAUCAACAAAGAAUGUGUGAGGGGCUCAUCUCUCAACACUUUUAAAUAACAACUCGUUCGCUGACUCUGACAAAUAAAGAAAACUCUUUUUUAACAUUACAACCAUUUGACUCUGAAUUAGUACGCAGAGAAAGACUGUUAGCAGUCUAGUAAAUAAAACAAAAUGCAUUUGAACAACACGCAUCAGAAAUUGUUUAGGUUACUUGUUUUGAAUAGUUAACUUUCAUAAUCAAUAUUAUGUGAUCAAUAGUUCUGUAGCAAGCAGUGUGAGUGGCUUUACAGUUAAAAACACUAUUAGGAUGUAUGUAAACCAUCACAGACAUUAGGCUGAGAUUUCUAUAUAUAUUAGGGAGCUUAUUGGAGGCUCACGAUUGCUGUAUUUAUGUAUAGAAGAUAAAAAAUGGAAGACAUUGCUUAAACAUUAGUCAAUUAUUGUGUAUUGACUAUUAUUAUUAUUUUUUGUUGAUGUUGUUAUAGAUAGUAUUUUAUGUUGGUCAUUAGAACAAGAUGGACAACCUUUUUAAAUUGGUUGCUGUAGUAAAUGUUUUAGUUGACUGUAAUGAAAUAAGUUCUAAAACGUUUAAUAAGUUAAGUAUCA